AUGUCGGAUCAUCAAAUGAAGUCACAGACUGCCGGCGGGGGCGGUCCUGCCGCUGUCACAGAGGCUCCAGCCUCGAACAAAAAAGAGAAAACCGCUCCGCAAGCCACCGCGGAACAGCUCCGGAUCGCUGAAAUCACCAACAUUUCAAACGAACGGGAUAUCGCUGACCUCAAUGAAAACAUUCGCAUGAUCGUCGAACUCACACACAGGACGCCUGACGAGGCGGCCAUGGCGCUGCAUGAUUCGAACGGCAGUGUCGAGGACGCCGUCAACAUAUUGCUAGAAGGAUCUCCGGACGACAACGGCUGGGAAACAACUGGCAAGAAGAAAAAGGAAAACAGACGGUCCCCGAGCGGCAAGAAGAACCGAGGUGACGCCGGCGACGAGAACAGCUCCCAUUGGAACAACGGUACCGUGAACGAUUUCGAUGAGGAUUUCAAGAAUCAGCAGAAAGAAACCAAUGACCAACAACAGAACGAUACCAUUAAGAAUAUGGGAAAUUGGGACGACUUCAAGGCCGACCAGAAGAGCGCGAACGAGUGGACUGCGAGGAAAGACCGGCAAUCCGAUUGGGUCGACGCGUCUGGUUCCGGAGAGCGUAACAAUCGGGAAUGGAAAUCUCGUCAUCGUCAUGCGAGCCAAUCGAGUCAGGGUCAGAGCGGUAAGUCGGGCUCGAGUCAACCGCUGACGCCAAGCAACAAGGGAUCACCUCAGCAACCGCCGCAGCAACACGCCCAAAGCAAUCUUCCCCGAAACCCCACGAACAGCAGUACCAGCCAAGCCAGUGACGGUCUCGAUCCUCUGAAAGUUAUCGAUACCGGAAGCAAACCGGGCGCUCCAUCUCAUCUGUCGCAAGGAACUCAGCAACGAUUGGUGCGAGGCAUCCAGCAGGCGGCGACUCAGCAAGGUUUGGCGCCGAAGACGAAAGUCCGGCUUCCGCCCGCGUCGAAGAUCCCUCAAACUCCUGUAGAAAUGCCUCCGGAUCAUCACCUCGAUCUCCAUGGGAACUCCCUCGAUGUGACUUUCGGAGUUCUAUCUUUUGGGUCCAACAGUUUCGAUUCGAUCUCACCAUUGUCACACAAUCAGCAACCGAACAAAGUGGAACACAACGGCUCAGGACUCUCAUCGGGUGGGAGCCUGGCAACACACGGUGCUCAGAGCACCACUUCAAACGUCCCGCCAUUGAAAAUUCAGGGCGGUCAAAUUGUGAUCGAUGUCAGCGCGAAGAGUCUGCAGCAGGGUUCGCAGCAGCCAGUUGAACGGGAUAGAAGUCAAGUAUCUCAACAAGUGACUUCGAUCGCUGGCCCACCGGGUCUUGAUAAAUCCUCCGUUAGUUCCGUCGCUCCCCUUCAGACGCACAAAGCUUCAAUUACUGGGUCCGCCCAGAGCCAGCAGGCAACUGUCCCAUCUUCGUACCACAGUCAGGCUCAGCAACAGAGUCAGGUUUCGAGCGGCUCGAGUGGCGCGAGCAGCAACUACCAACAGUACUCUUCGAAUAGCGCCUACAAACAGCCGCCCAACAAUAUGCCGUAUCUGCACAACUUGAGCGGAAUCUACAACGCGGCCCACAGUACCACGCAGUACUCACAACAGGCUUCGCAGCCCUAUGGCAGUGCUAACUACUCGACUGCGUUCGGGGGUUCAACAGUUGCAAGCGGUGGAUACAAAGGCAAAGACGGUGCGUCUGUUGGGAGCACAGCAGGGCCAGCGGUCUCGGUUUCGGACUCCGUGUCGUCAUCUGCCACCUCUCAGUACGAUGGCAAGAAGACAAGUCAGCUGCAGCAGCAAGUUCAACAGGCUCAACAACAGCAACAACAGCAGCAGCAGCAACAACAGCAGCAGCAGCAGCAGCAGACGAUGCAGCCUGGCAGUUUGGUCCUCCAACCGGGCCAGCUUCACGGGCCGCAUAUGCACGCGGCGACGCCAUAUGCCCAUAUCACAGGACAUCCUACUCCGAUGCCGACGAUCUAUCCCUACUAUCCUCAUCACGUGACAGGUUCGGGAACUCAUUUGGCCACGGAUUACCAGCAGCAACAGCGUGAGAACUCAUCGACGGCUUCAUCUGCUGGUAUUUCGGCCAGCAGUCUUCUCCAGCAGCAUAGUUAUGAUAAGUUUGUAAGAUCUCAGGACGAUUCGUCGUCGGCGACGCAAGUAUCGUCGCAGUCGGGCAGCCAGUCGACGAUCACGGCCACGGCGGCCUAUCCUCACCUCAAUCCGUACAACUACUACGGAGUUCACAUGGUGGCCCAGGGAACUUACCCACCGAUGCCGUUCAUGUCCGCUCAGGUCACGGGCUAUCCGCCGGCCGGAACUGCCAGUUCAGCGUCCCAGGCCUCGAAGUCGACCAGCGCCUACGGAACGGCCAAUACCGCUUUCGACUAUCAACUCAGCAAUCAUCUGACUAGCGGUGCUGGCGAAUACAACAAGUACCAGGCAAACAAGAUGAUGUCGAAUACGCCCAAAUACAUGUCGGCGGCUACCACCGGCGACAGACGCUAACUUACAUCAACCCGAAGCAUUCAUCCACAAAGACAACACAGACCCUCUUUCUACAACACCAACAAAAACAACAAUUAGUAUCUAUAUAUCUAUUUUUUUUUUGCGGAUGAUGAUGAUUCUUGAUUGCUAUAUUUUUACGUUUAUUAUUCUUUAAUUAUUAUUAUCACUGUCAUCGGUCGUUGGGAGGAGAGGUAGGGGAAUGUUCCCCUACCGAGAGGGAAAUCAGUGUGGUCUGCUGAAGAUAGAAUUUCAUCGUUCUGGUCCGUGGUAAUGAUGAUGAGGAGAGGAUGGGAAUGAACAUGGUGAUGAAGAUUGACAAUAACAUAUUGCUGGUAAUUAUAAAGAUCAUGAUGAUGAUGAAAUACAAACUGAACAACCGGUUGGGGACUCUAUUCUGACUCUUGAAUUUCCAACCUCCAACCCGGAGCACGACGUGUUGAUGACGACAGCCACAGUCGCGAGCGGCCGUACGUCUUGUUGUGCAAAAUAGACCGUCCCGGACCAUGAUGGUGAUAGGUGACUGAAUGCGGAUCUCUCAC